AUGUCCCAUGACGCGGGAUACGAUGCCAUGAUGACCGCGUUGGUGUGUCUAUUGCAGUUGUCGGAGAUUUGCUCGAGGAAGGGUAUCGACAUGUACCAGCAGCUGGCGUUCAAGGACGUGAGCACCACUGCUAUGAGCAAGAAGGCCCUCUCGAUUUCGCAGCUCUUACCGACGUCUAUAAAUCGAGUUCGCCUGGUGAAGUCUCAGCCUAGUGUCCUCAACAUUGCAGGGAGGGACGAAACCGACAUGCAACGACAUUUUUAUAUGACCAAUUUCCCGACGUCCUGGACCAAGUGGGAAGUCAUGAAGGUGUGGUCCCCUGUGUGGGUGAACAUAGCCUUUAUACAGCCAUCAGCUGGUCAUGCAUCUCCGGUCGGCUCAUGCUGGGUGAUGGCGAGGAAUGACGAGGAUGCGGAGAGUAUACGGCAGAUCUACGACAUGAUGGACCGAGACCAUCGGAAUUUUGAUCUUUACACCUACGAUGAGUACCAGAAGCAUAGGGCCGAUCUCUUUGAACUGGACACGGCAGAGUCAUCAAAAGUGUCAGCUCCUGCACGACCAGCGCCACCGGCACCAGAGAAACGCCGGUUGAUGGAAGCAGUCCGAGUCGGGUGA